AUGGCAGCGGGUGUAAAUCUGCCUGCAAGAAGAGUUAUCAUAUCACCGCGUAUGGGCCGUGAUUUUAUAACGCCUGCUAUGCUGCGGCAGAUGAAAGGACGAGCUGGGAGAAAGGGGAAGGAUACAGUGGGUGAGAACUUUGUGGUCUGUCGGAGGGAGGACCUGGAGGCGGUUAGGGCGAUUAUAGACGCGGAUAUGCCGAGUGCUAGCAGUUGUCUUACUGGCGAGAGUGAGGGUCUAAGACGCGCUCUCCUCGAAGGCAUCGCCACCAAGCUCGCCACCUCCGCCGACUCCCUCGACGACUUCCUCCGCUGCACACUCCUCUUCCACACAACGCCGACCCCAAUCACUACUCUUCGCCCCCUCAUUACCACAGCCCUUACCUCCCUCACUACCUCCAAUCUCAUCACCGCACAUCCCUCCACCUCCUACUUCUCCGCGACGCCUCCCGGUCUCGCCACCGUUGCCGCCGGCCUCGGCCCUGACGAAGGUCUCUUCCUUCACGAGGAGCUCUCCCGCGCCCUCAAAGCCUUCAACCUCGAGUCCGACCUCCACAUCAUCUACCACUUCACCCCAAUCCACUCCUCAUCCACCUCUAGCAUCACAAUCGACUGGAAGCUCCUCCGCGACGACCUCGACACCCUCUCAGAGUCCAACCUACGCGCCGCCUCCCUCGUCGGCGUUAAUCCGGCAUUCGUAAACCGUAUGGCCCAGGGCGGCACACUGAAGGAGGAUACGCCUGCCAACAUAGAGAAGGCGAGGGUCUAUAGGCGCUUCUAUGUCGCGCUCAUGCUGCGUCAACUCAUCAACGAGCGGCCCGUCCACGUCGUUGCGGAAUCGUACGAUAUUGCGCGCGGGUUCGUGCAGGGGCUCUCCACGACGUGCAAGGGGUUUGCGACGACGAGCGCGACCUUCUGUAAGGUGAUGGGGUGGUCGGGGCUCGCGGUGCUGCUCGAGCACUACUCGGGAAGGCUGGACCUAGGCGUGCGCGAUGAUCUGAUGGAGCUGGCGAGGAUCCCGUUUGUCAAGAGUUGGACGGCGAGGGUGUUUCAUGAGAAUGGACUGAAGAGUGUUGCGGCGGUUGCAAACGCAGAUGUGGGCGAGUUGGUGAGGGUUUUGGGGCUGGCGAGGUGGGGGAGGGGUGGCAGGGAGGAGGAGGGCGUGAAGAAGAGGUUGGAGGAGAGGGCGGAGGUCAUUUUGAAGUGUGCGAAGAGGCUGUGGGAUCAGGAGUGUGUCGGUGAUGUGGAGGAGUAUUAUUAG